GGAGCUUCCACCACAGUUCCUCUCCCCGCCUUCUCCCUCAUUCUUCAGCAGCUCCGCGGAGGACUUACACACUUUCCCGGUUCCUCAGGCAACUCCUCGCCGCCCGCUUUCCUUCGGAGACUACGGGGUUUUACCUUCAACCUUCCGGUUAUCGUUUACGAGCGGACACAAUUAUCUGCCAUUAAAGCCGGAAAUACAACAUUGUUGUCCCCCGGUACACCGGUCCUAUUCGGGAAGAGCAACAGCCUGGAAGACAACAGUGAGGUAAACAAGUAGCACAUCCCACUGCAGUCAUGGAUGAGAUGGACCUGCCCCAGAUGAAGAAGGAGGUGGAGAGCCUCAAGUAUCAGUUGGCCUUCAAAAGAGAGAAGUCCUCCAAAACAGUGACAGAUUUGGUGAAGUGGAUAGAGGACGGCGUCCCUGAGGAUCCCUUCUUGAACCCCGAGCUAAUGAAGAACAACCCGUGGGUGGAGAAAGGAAAGUGCAUCCUUCUGUAGGAGGAUGGCGACCGGCCUGACGUUCCCUUCCAACCGACCCCCUGACCCCAGGACCUCUCAGCAUGAAUGUACAACACACGCCCCGACAAGGCCUCACCGAACACACUUUUGCCUGACCGCCACUCUUUCACUCAGUCAAUGUACGCCAUCGGUGCUCCACCUCGUCCGCCAAUACCACGACUCCACUGCGCUUUUGCAAUUACCGACGACACGCUUUCUUUGAAUUCACGGGUGAAACAUCCUCACGGUUGACUCAGCUUGAUACAGGCGUUUGUUACCCACUCUUUGUAUUCUCCCAAAUAAACUCUUUAAUUAGGUGGUUGACAUAACAAUGCCUUAAAGUCGCUCAUGGUCAUGAUGCAUUCAGAUAACAUUUGAAGACAUUGUGACUUCUUUUUCUUAAAUACAUUUAAAUGACUACUUGCUCGUCAUUGUACACCACGGAUGUUUAUACCUCUGGCCGUUUAAACGUCUUAUGUAUUUAAAGACACUUUGUUUCAGGUCACAAAGCGUUUAAAAACCCUCUUUAUCUUAUCUCAGACAUUUUUGUCAGUUUAUGUUGAGCCUUUUCUGCAGACAUGAAUCUAAAAUGAAAAAAAGUGAGCUGAUAUUGCGUGGUACGACUCGAAACACGCCUGGGCUUGAACCCACAGCUCCCGUCUGACUGCGAGUCGAGCAUGCGAGCCGGCUCAUUGACCGGCGGGGCUCUUGAGGUGUUGGGGAGUGUGGUUUACUUUUGGUGGUAGCACACAGCUUAGCUGUUAGAUGUACCUAUUAACCCGCCCGUUCUUUCCACCCGGCAAUAUCGAUGUAACACAUCCUGUAGACAGUGAAGUCAGGCCUUCACAAUAAAGCACGGUAGUAAAAAUUAACAGCGUAAUUUCCCUUAUUUUCACACUUAUUUUGAAAUAAAAAUUAUAUGUAUUUUAACUUUCAUGGAAAAAAAAUCCUCUUGGGCAACAUUGACCGCACUUCUACUGUAGCCAGGGAAGUCAGGCCUUCACAAUAAAGCACGGCAGUAAAAAUGAACAGCGCUUUCCGGAAAAUGUCCCUUAUUUUCACACUUAUUUUGAAAUAUAAAUUAUAUGUAUUUUAACUUUCAUGGAAAAAAAUCCUCUUGGGCAACAUUGCCGUCACUUCUAAUGUAGCCAGGGAAGUCAGGCCUUCACAAUAAAGCACGGCAGUAAAAAUGAACAGCGUUUUCCAGAAAAUUUCCCUUAUUUUCACACUUAUUUUGAAAUAAAAAUGAUAUGUAUUUUAACUUUCAUGGAAAACAAUCCUCUUGGGCAACAUUGGCGUCACUUCUACUGUAGCCAGUGAAGCCAGACCUUCACAAUAAGGCACGGCAGUAAAAAUGAACAGCGUUUUCCGGAAAAUUUGCCUUAUUUUCACACUUAUUUUGAAAAAAAAAAUUAUAUGUAUUUUAACUUUCAUGGGAAAAAAAUCCUCUUGGGCAACUUUGGUGUCACUUCUACUGUAGCCGGGGAAGCCAGGCCUUCACAAUAAAGCACGGCAGUAAAAAUUAACAGCGUUUUCCGGAAAAUUUCCCUUAUUUUCACACUUAUUUGGAAAAAAAAUUAUAUGUCUUUUAACUUUCAUGGAAAAAAAUCCUUUUGGGCAACAUUGCCGUCACUUCUACUGUAGCCAGGGAAGUCAGGCCUUCACAAUAAAGCACGGCAGUAAAAAUGAACAGAGUGUUCCUGAAAAUGUCUCUUAUUUUCACACUUAUUUUGAAAUAAACAUUAUAUGUAUUUUACCUUCCAUGGGGGAAAAAAUCCUCUUGGGCAACAUUGGCGUAACAUAUACUGUAGCUAGUGAAGCCAGACCUUCACAAUAAAGCACAGAAGUAAAAAUUCACAGAGUUUUCCGUAAAAUUUCCCUUAUUUUCACCUUUAUUUUGAAAUAAACAUUAUAUGUAUUUUAACUUUCAUGGGGGAAAAAAUCCUCUUGGGCAACAGUGGCGUAACAUAUACUGUAGCCAGUGAAGUCAGGGCUUCACAAUAAAGCACGGUAAAAAUGAACAGAGUUUUCCGGAAAAUUUCCCUUAAUUUCACCUUUAUUUUGAUAUAAAAGUCAGGCUUUCACAAUAAAGCAUGUCAGUAAAACAAAACAUAAAUGUCCUAAAUUUGCUGUAAUUUCUACCCUUAUUUACCCCUUUAUUAUUUUGAAAUGCAAAUGAUACAGGAAAUAAAAUCCUCUCGGGAACCAUUGGCAUAACACAUCCUGUAGCCACUAAAGUCAGGCCUUCAGAAUAAAACAAGGCAGUGAAAAUAACCACAGAGUUUUCCAGAAAAAUUCCCUUGUUUUCACCUUUAUUUUGAAAUGAAAAUGAUAUGUAUUUUAACUUUCAUGAAAAAAAAAAAUCCUCUUGGGCAACAUUGGCGUAACAGAUCCUUUAACCAGCGAAGUCAAGCUUUCAAAAUAAAGCACGGCAGGAAAGUUACCACAGUGGAAAGACCAAAAUGUCCUGGAAAAUGUCCCCAUUAUUAUUCUGUAAUGCCUAUAAUAUUUAUUGUGACUUUCAUGGAGAAAAAAUUAUCUCGAGGAACAUUGGCGUGACAUGCUGUAGUUAGUAAAGCCAGGCCUUCAAAAUAAAGCAUGUCAGUAAAAUAACCACAGAGGAAAAAAUUGAAAUUUUCCGGAAUUUUUACCCUUAUUUACCCCUUUAUUAUUUUGAAAUGCAAUUAAUACAGGAAAUAAAAUCCUCUCGGUCACCAUCAGCAUAACGUAUCCUGUACCCACUAAAGUCAGGCCUUCAGAAUAAAGCGAGGCAGUGAAAAUAACCACAGAGUUUUCCGGAAAAUUUACCUUAUUUUGAAAAAAAAUUAUCUUGGGCAACAUUGGCGUAACAUAUACUGUAGCCAGUAAAGUUUGGCCUUGAAAAUAAAGCAGGCCAGUAAAAAAAAAAAUAUGGAAAGACCUUCAUUUUCCUUAUUUCCCCCCUUUCUAUUUUUAAAGACAAUGAUAUGUAUUUUAACUUUCAUGAAACUCCAGCACCCCCCGCCAUCCCGAGAGGGACAAUCCGUAGAAAAAUGGAUGGAUGGAUGGAAAAAACAUUCUGUGGCCAGUGAAGUCAGGCCUUCACAAUAACGCGCGGCAGUAAAACAACCACGUGGAAAGACCUAAAUUUCCCUAAUUUUACGGAAAUGUUCCAUUAUUUUGACAUUUAUUUUAACUUUCAUGUAAAAAAAAAAUUGGCGUAACACAUCCUGUAGCCAGUGAAAUCAGGCCUUCAAAAUAAGGCACGCGGGUAACAUAACCAAAGUGGAAAGACCGGAAUUUUGCUUAUUUUUCCUAAUUUCUCGGAAAAUUCCCUUUAUUUUUCCCGUUAUUAUGUUGAAACGCAAAUAUUGGCAGGUAUGAGCUAAGCUAACGUACAAGACAAAAAAAAUUCCCUGCCUAGAAUAUUUGACCAAACAACAAAAUCCUUCCCCCGCACUUAAAAGUUGCUAAUGUUUAGACACGUUUUACAGCUUUGCUUUUGAAGCAUGUUUUUCCUAUUAACCAUAACUUGGCAUGUUGUUGUUCUUUAGUGUCAUUAGACUGGAGUGUGUGUGUUUGUUGUUGCUCCCGCUCUCUGGAGGGGUUUUUACUUCCCCCCACACCCCCAUCCUUACUGACACUCCCUAGGGACCACGCAAACACACAAUCAUUGUACAAACACUCCUAAACCCCUUUGACUUAUGAAUCACUUACUUUAUUUAUUUUAUUUAUUUAUUUAUUAGAACUGUUUUCCUGUGAUACGUUUCUGUCCCGAUAUUUAUUCCGAUUAUUAGCGUCUACAAAUGCAACACUUUGUCAGAUCAACAACUGCCUUGGACACAGUUCCCUUAAAACCAGACUGUCAAUAUUUGGAGGUGUGAACACUGCAUGAGUUGAACAUGGCAGAUGGUCACACACACACACACACACACACACGCGGACACACACACACAUCAGCAGAACACACACGCUGCUUGGUAGGAAAGGUGAUGAAGUAGGACGACAUGGGGAACCUCACGUCAUCUCAGUACUGUAAUGACUCUCAUUAUAUUGGCUCACCACCGCCCCACCACCCCCAAGGCUUAUUCUGUAAUUGGGUGACUUUUGUACACUGCAGAUAUUUAAAUGAACUUACCUUAGUUGCUCUAUGACGUGCUAAUGAAUUCAUGUUUGCCAACUCAUCAAACAUGCAUAGAACAGCACUUCUGCUCCUUGGAAACAUUUGACCAAUCAGAUACUGCUUGUUCCCUUUCAUUCAGAUCUUUGUGUCCUCAGUCCCUCACACCUGGACUGUCCAGGUUGUCUUAGAAGAUGUUCCGCCUCUCAUCCGGCUAGAUAGGACGGUUCUAGUCUGACUGUUGUCUGACUAGAUAGGACAUCUGUAGUCUGACUAUAUAGGUCAGCCCCAGUCUGACUGUUGCCUGACAAGAUAGAACAUCUGUAGUCUGACUAGAUAGGUCAACCCCAGUCUGACUGUAGUCCGACAAGAUAGGACAGCUCUAGUCUGACUUGUCUGACUAGAUAGAACCGCCCUAGUCUGACUAUUGUCUGACUACAUAGAACAUCUGUAGUCUGACUAGAUAGGUCAACCCCAGUCUGACUGUAGUCUGACAAGAUAAAACAUCUCUAGUCUGACUAGAUAGGUCAGCCCCAGUCUGACUGUUGUCUUAAAGGUAGGACGGCUCUAGUCUGACUAGAUAGGAGAGUGCCAGUGUGACUAUUGCCUAACUUGAUAGAUCAUCUGUAGUCUGACUACAUAGGUCAGCUCCAGUCUGACUAUUGUCUGACUAGAUAGGUCAGCCCCAGUCUGACUGCUGUCUGACAAGAUAGGAUGGCUCUAGUCUGACUAUUGUCUGACUAGAUAGGAGAGUGCCAGUGUGACUAUUGUCUGACUAGAUAGGACCGCUCUAGCCUGACUUGUCUGACUAGAUGGAACAUCUCUAGUCUGACUAUUGUCUGACUAGAUAGGACAUCUGUAGUCUGACUACAUAGGUCAGCCCCGGUCUGACUGUUGUCUGACAAGAUAGGACAGCCCUAGUCUGACUUGUCUGACUAGAUGGAACAUCUCUAGUCUGAUUAUUGUCUGACUAGAUAGAACUUCUGUAGUCUGACUACAUAGGCCAGCCCCACUUUGACUGUUGUCUGAGAAUAUAGACAUCUCUAGUCUGACUUGUCUGACUAGAUGGAACAUCUCUAGUCUGACUAUUGUCUGACUAGAUAGAACUUCUGUAGUCUGACUACUGUACAUAGGUCAGCCCUAGUUUGACUGUUGUCUGACAAUAUAGAACAUCUCUAGUCUGACUAGAUAAGUCAGUCCCAGUCUGACUGUUUUCUGACAAGAUAGGACCGCACUAGCCUAACUUGUCUGACUAGAUGGUACAUCUAUAGUCUGACUACAUAGGUCAGCCCCAGUCUGACUGUUGUCUGACAAGAUAGAAAAUCUCUAGUCUGACUAGAUAGGUCAUCCCCAGUCUGACUGUUGCCUGACAAGAUCCUCUGUGCCGAGGAUGUCGUUGUGGCUUGUGCAGCCCUUUGAGACACUUGUGAUUUAGGGCUAUAUAAAUAAACAUUGAUUGAUUGAUUGAUUGAAGAUUGGACAGCUCUAGUCUGACUUGUCUGACUAGAUAGAACCGCCCUAGUCUGACUAUUGUCUGACUAGAUAGAACAUCUGUAGUCUGACUAGAUAGGUCAACCCCAGUCUGACUGUAGUCUGACAAGAUAAAACAUCUCUAGUCUGACUAGAUAGGUCAGCCCCAGUCUGACUGUUGUCUGACAAGAUAGGACGGCUCUAGUCUGACUAUUGUCUGACUAGAUAGGAGAGUGCCAGUGUGACUAUUGUCUGACUUGAUAGAUCAUCUGUAGUCUGACUACAUAGGUCAGCUCCAGUCUGACUAUUGUCUGACUAGAUAGGUCAGCCCCAGUCUGACUGUUGUCUGACAAGAAGGGUGGCUCUAGUCUGACUAUUGUCUGACUAGAUAGGAGAGUGCCAGUGUGACUAUUGUCUGACUAGAUAGGACCGCUCUAGCCUGACUUGUCUGACUAGAUGGAACAUCUCUAGUCUGACUAUUGUCUGACUAGAUAGGACAUCUGUAGUCUGACUACAUAGGUCAGCCCCAGUCUGACUGUUGUCUGACAAGAUAGGUCAGCUCAGUCUGACUGUUGUCUGACUAGAUAGGACAGCUCCAGUGUGACUAUUGUCUGACUAGAUAGGACAGUCAAAGUCUGAAUGUUGUCUGACUAGAUUAGGCAACUCUAGUCUGACAAGAUAGGUCAGCCCCAGCCUGGCGGUUGUCUGACUAGAUAAAAUCACUCCAGGGUCAUUAUUGUCUGACUAGAUAAGACAGCUCUCGUCUGACUACUGUCUGACUAGAUAAGGCAUCUCUAGUCUGACUAGAUAGGCCAGCCCCAGUCUGACCGUUGUCUGACUAGAUAGGACAGCGCUAGUAUGACCAUCGUCUGACUAGAUAGGACAGUGCUAGUAUGACCAUUGUCUGACUCAAUAGGACAUCUCUAGUUUGACUAAAUAGGUCAGCCCCAAUAUGACCGCUGUCUGACUAGGUAGGACAACUCCCGUCUGACUAUAGUCUGCCUAUAUUAGACAGCUCCAUUCUGACUAUUGUUUGACUAAAUUGGACUGCUACAGUUCGACUAUUGUUUGACUAGAUAGGGCAGCUCUAGUCUAACCAUUGUCUGACUAGAUACGACAACCCUAGUCUGACUAUUUCCUAAAAAAAAUAGGACAGCACUUGUCUGACUAUUGUUUGACUAGAUGGGGCACCUCUAGUUUGACUGGAUUGGUCAGCCCCAGUUUGACUGUUGUCUGGCUAGCUAGGACAGCUCUAGUGUGACUAUUGUCUGAAUAGAUAGGACAGUUCUAGUCUGACUAUUAUCUAACAAGAAUGGACAGCUGUCAUCUGACUAGAUAAGACAGUCCCAGUUUGACUAGAUAGGACAGCUCCAGUCUUACUUUUGCCUGACCAGAUUGGACAGCUGUCGUCUGACUAUUGUAUGAAUAGAUGGGACAGCUCGUCUGACUAGAUAGGACAGCCUUAGUCCGACUAUUGUCUGACUAGAUAGGACAUCUCUAGUCUGACUAGAUAGGACAGAUCUAGUCUAAUAUCGUCUGACUAAACGGGACAGCUCUAGUCUGACUAUUGUCCGACUAGAUAGGACAGCUUUAGUCUAAUAUCGUCUGACUAAUCGGGACAGCUGCAGUCUGACUAUCGUCUGACUAGAUCGGACAGAUGUAGUCUGACUAUUGUCUGGCUAGAUAAAACAGCUCGAGUCUGAUAUCAUCGGACUAAAUAGUACAUCUGUAGUCUUACUAUUGUCUGACUAGAUAGGUCAGCCCCAGUCUGACUGUUGUGUGACUAGAUAGGGCAGCAUUAGUUUAACUAUUGACUGACUAGAUACAACAGUUUUAAUCUGACUAGUUAGGACAGCUGUAGUCUGACUAUCGUCUGACUAUAUACGACAGCUGUAGUCUGACUAUUGCCAGACUAGAUACGACAGCUUUAAUUUGACUAAAUAGGACAGCUGUAGUCUGACUAUCGCCUGACUUGAUACGACAGCUUUAAUCUGACUAGAUACGACAGCCAUAGUCUGACUAUUGUCUGACUAGAUAAGACAGAUUUAGUCUAAUAUCGUCUGAAUAAACGGGACGGCUCUAGUCUUGACAAUCGUCCGACUAGAUAGGACAGCUCUCGUCUAAUAUUGUCUGACUAAUCGGGACAGCUCUAGUCUGACUAUUUUCUGACUAGAUACGGCAGCUCUAGUCUAAUAUCAUCUGACUAGAUAGUACAACUGUAGUCUUACUAUCGCCUGACUAGAUAGGACAGCUUUAAUCUGACUAGAUAGGACAGCUGUAGUCUAACUAGAUAGGGCAGCUUUAUUCUGACUAGAUAGGACAGCUGUAGUCUGACUGUAGCAUGACUAGAUAGGACAUCUUUAAUCUGACUAGAUAGGACAGCUGUAGUCUGACUAUCGCCUGAUUAGAUAGGGCGGCUUUAAUCUGACUGGGUAGUACAGCUGUAGUUUUACUAUCGCCUGACUAAAUAGGACAGCUUUAAUCAGACUAGAUAGGACAGCUGUAGUCUGACUAUCGCCUGACUAGAUAGGACAGCUUUAAUCACACCAGAUAGUACAGCUGUAGUCUGACUAUUGUCUGACUAGAUAGGACAUCUUUAACCUGACUGGAUAGGACAGCUGUAGUCUGACUAGAUAAAACAGCUGUAGUCUUACUAUCGCCUGACUAGAUAGGACAGCUUUAAUCUGACUAGGUAGUACAGCUGUAGUCUUACUAUCGCCUGACUAGAUUGGACAUCUUUAAUCUGACUGGAUAGGACAGCUGCAGUCUGACUAUCGCCUGACUAGAUAGGACAGCUUUAAUCUGACUAGAUAGGACAGCUCUAAUCUAAUAUUGUCUGACUAAUCGGGACUAAUCCAGCUGUAGUCUGACUAGAUAGGACAGCUGUAGUCUGACUAUCGCCUGACUAGAUAGGACAUCUUUAAUCUGACUAGAUAGGACAGCUGUAGUCUGACUACCGCCUGACUAGAUAGGGCCGCUUUAUUCUGACUAGGUAGUACAGCUGUAGUCUUACUAACGCCUGACUGGAUAGGACAGCUCUAAUCUGACUAGAUAGGACAGCUGUAGUCUGACUAUUGUCUGGCUAAAUAGGACAGCUUUAACCUGACUAGAUAGGACAGCUGUAGUUUGACUAGAUAAAACAGCUGUAGUCUGACACUCGCCUGACUAGAUAGGGCAGCUUUAAUCUGACUGGGUAGUACAGCUGUAGUUUUACUAUCGCCUGACUAGAUAGGACAGCUUUAAUCCGACUAGAUAGGACAGCUGUAGUCUGACUGUCUAUCGCCUGACUAGAUAGGAAAGCUUUAAUCAGACUAGAUAGGACAGCUGUAGUCUUACUAUCGCCUGACUAGAUAAGCCAUCUUUAAUCUGACUAGAUAGGACAACUGUAGUCUGACUAUCGCCUGACUAGAUAGGACAGCUUUAAUCUUAAUAGAUAGGACAGCUGUAGUCUGACUAUCACCUGACUAGAUAGGACAGCUUUAAUCAGACUAGAUAGGACAGCUGUAGUCUGACUAUUGUCUGACUAGAUAGGACAGCUUUAACCUGACUAGAUAGGACAGCUGUAGUCUGACUAGAUAAAACAGCUGUAGUCUGACUAUCGCCUGACUAGAUAGGACAGCUUUAAUCUGACUAGAUAGGACAGCUGUAGUCUGACUGACUAUCGCCUGACUAGAUAGGACAGCUGUAGUCUGACUAUCACCUGACUAGAUAGGACAGCUUUAAUCUGACUAGAUAGGACAGCUCUAAUCUAAUAUUGUCUGACUAAUCGGGACAGCUCUAGUCUUGACUAUUGUCUGACGAGAUACGGCAGCUCUAGUCUAAUAUCAUCUGACCAAAUAGUACAGAUGUAAUCUUACUAGCGCCUGACUACAUAGGACAGCUUUAAUCUGACCAGAUAGGACAGCUGCAGUCUGACUAGAUAGGACAGCUGUAGGAAAGUCAUGAACAUGUUGUAAGACAACCUAAACAGCAGGGGGGUGAAUCUUACAUCAAUCCACCAUUCAUUUCAAUUCCGAUUGGCGUGACGAUUCCAUUCAGGAUCCAUUCUGGAUCCAACGAGAAUCUCCAUUUCUACCCAUUAUUUGCUAGUAAACUUGUAGAAAUGGAUUCUAGCAGCCUCACUAAACCGUAACUUUCCACUUUUGGUUUCAUGUUGUUCCAAGUCAGCUGCUCGUGUCCAAAUGUAGCCAAGUGACGUCUUGCAUGACAAAAUACUCGGAAAGUGCAAAAAGUGUCUGAGCUGCUUCCUGUUUGUCGCUUUUCCAGGGACCUAUGUGCUAAAACGUGGAUGUUCGGUUGCUACUCCAACAUUUGAACUGAACACACUUGUGUGCCACCACUGGAAACGCCUCUAAUGCUGUUUGUUUGACACGCUUUGUCUUUCUUCCGUAUGACUCUUCAGUCCCUUUUCAUAUAACCUGCAAGUGUGUGUGUGUGUGUGUGUGUGUGUGUGUGUGUGUGUGUGUGUGUGUGUGUGUGUGUGUGUGUGCGUGUGUGUGUGUGAUGUUUCUUCGAUUGCAGCGUCAGCAUUAACCCGUGCGAGUCUGCCUAGUUAGCAGCAAUUCCCUUGUGAGAGUGCUGGGGAGUUCCUAUUAUGCAUCGUGUGUAAAGAAGACAAGCAAUAAAUUCAAGAUCAUUUUGUAUUGGAUUUUUUGCAAAAACAUUUAUCUUAAUAAAGUAGAAGAUU